GGAUACUUGGGUAUUUUUGCCAAACAGAAAGCCUUGGCCCAGGCAGCAGCCUUUCGAUCCCACUACUACUACUUCCACAUCUCUCGAUCGAGUCCCCAACACCAGGCAAGAACACGCACGCCAUCGCCAGCGUUCAGUUCCUAUGGGGCCUCAGAAAGACCGGUCGUCGUCGUCGUCGUCCAUGGCAGCGAGGAGCAAGGACGCGAAGAAGGUGGUGCAGUACCGGGAGUGCCAGCGCAACCACGCGGCGUCCAUCGGCGGGCACGCCGUGGACGGGUGCCGCGAGUUCAUGGCGUCGGGCGCCGAGGGCACGGCGUGCGCGGCCUGCGGGUGCCACCGCAGCUUCCACAGGCGCGAGGUGGAGGCCGGCGAAGACCGCGACUGCUCCUCUACCUCCGGUUGAUGAGCCAUCACCGGCAGCCUCCCUCUUGUUCUUGGAUGAUAUUUAUGUGUGAUGUGAUGUAACAUGCAUGUGUGUUCAUAGUUGGUACUGUGCAUGGUGCUUGUAACUGAUGCGUGCUUAUGACACAUGGUUUCCCUAUUGACACCGUAUCUUAUGAGCAAGGAGCCCUGCUGCUCCCAUGAGCAAAAUCAAUCCAGGCCACACCCUCCACAUCCAACGGUGCUGCGUCAGGGGUUUUUUUGUAAAAUGUACAGAGUUGCAAAGAACAUUUUACAAAACCCCCUGACACAGCACCGUUGGAUGUGGAGGGUGUGGUCUGCAUUGAUUUUGCUCAUGGGAGCACCAACGCUCCUUGCGCACAAGAUACGUUCUCUUCCCUAUUAGGACGCCUCGGUCACAUAUCUAGUAGGACAGUUAAGUAUUGUUAUAUUACCUCCAACAUGCCAAGUAUUUGACCAGACAAAGGUAAUUUAGCUGGUCAACCGGUA